AAAUGUUUAUGUUAGCACAUUUAUAUUUAAUCAUUUAAACUAAACGUGUGCGUUUUUUAAGACCUCGCUGUGUUUUUUAAACCAAACACUUGAUAAAGUUCACACUAUGAUAAAUACAUGAAUGUAAAUGUAGUUCACACAUAUAAUAAAAUAUCACUUAGUCUACAUUAUAUUAAACUCAUAUGACUUUAUUAGGCUUACAUUAGUUAAACAAAAGAGGAGUAAUUUUGAUUUGAGUUGAAUUAUUGUUAAUGCUGAUGUGCUCUUUGUUUCAUGCAGUGAAUGUAAACAUAUUGACUCACAUUAAUGAUUAAGUCUCGUUUAUAAAUUAAAUCUGUUAAAUUAUUUGUAAUCAGAUGUUUAAUGUUUGUUUACUGUCAGCAGAGGGAGAAACACCUCAAACACUUCCUCAUACAAUAGUGACGUCACAGAUGAAAGUGAAAGUAAAUUGUUUCGUGUUUAUCUUCCGCCAUUUUGAACAGUUGAUGUAAAAGUUGUAGUAUUUUGAGAAAGUGAAUCCAGUCAGAUUGUGAUGACAGCGAGUGUUCAGGUGUGUUCAGGAAGAGUUUAAAGAUGAAUAUUUGAUGAAUAACUCAGAUUUUUAAUGACAUCUUUCAUGUUUCUUGCUAUGAACUCAGUGUUUUAUAUUGUUGUUCAAUAUCAGUUGUGGAGAUCAGAUUGAUCAGAUUCACCUCUGCAGCUUCAUCAUGGAUCAAACACAAACAUCAACAGAUGAAGAUUUUUCUCCAGGAUGCAGUAUCAGUUGUGGAGAUCAGAUUGAUCAGAUUCACCUCUGCAGCUCCAUCAUGGAUCAAACACAAACAUCUCCAGGAUGCAGUUCAGAUCAUCAGAAGAGAUCAGAUUCAGAGUUCAGUUGUGUGUCUAUGAAGAGUGAUGCGUCUAUGAAACAACCAAUAUACUUUAAGAGUGAAGAUACACGGCCUGAUAGAAGACGAAUCAUAACAGAACCCGACUGUAAGGGGAGAAAGAUUGAGCAAUUUGGGAAUCAACUACAAGACUUCAAUAAAAACAUGAGUCCUCAUUUCAGUCAUGACUCUGAUCUUGCUGAAGUCCUGAACACAUUCAGAUCAAAUCUGAGGAAGAAGUUUGAGUGUUUGUAUGAAGUAACAUCAAAUAAGAGAAACCCAACACUACUGAAUGAGAUCUACACAGAGCUCUACAUCACAGAGAGUGAAAGUGGAGAGAUCAGUAAUGAACAUGAGGUGAGACAGAUUGAGACACAAUCCAGAAGAACAACAACAGAGGAGACACCAAUCAAAUGUAAUGACAUCUUUAAACCUUUACCUGAACAAGACAAACACAUCAGAAGUGUGCUGACAAAGGGAGUCGCUGGCAUUGGAAAAACAGUCUCUGUACAGAAGUUCAUUCUGGACUGGGCUGAAGAGAAAGAGAAUCAGGACGUCCACCUCAUAUUUCCACUUCCUUUUAGAGAGAUCAAUUUGAUGAAGAACAAAACACUCAGUCUUUUAGAUCUUCUUCAUCUUUUCUUCCCACAAACAAAAGAAAUGAAAAUCUUCAGUGAUGAAUAUAAAGUGUUGUUCAUCUUUGAUGGUUUGGAUGAGUGUCGUCUGUCUCUGGAUUUUCACAGCAGUGUGAGGUUGUGUGAUGUAAGUGAAUCAACCUCAGUGGACGUGAUGCUGACAAACCUCAUCAAGGGGAAUCUGUUUCCCUCUGCUCUCAUCUGGAUCACCUCCAGACCAGCAGCAGCUGAUCUCAUCCCCUCUGAGUGUGUUGAUCGAGUCACAGAGGUACGAGGCUUCACUGAUCCACAGAAGGAGGAAUACUUCAGGAAGAGAAUCAGUGAUGAGAGUCUGUCUGAUCAAAUCAUCUCACACCUGAAGUCAUCCAGGAGUCUCUACAUCAUGUGUCACAUCCCAGUCUUCUGCUGGAUUUCAGUCACUGUUCUAGAGAGAAUGUUGAGUAAAGCAAAGAAAAGAAAAGAGAUCCCCAAGACUCUCACUCAAAUGUACACACACUUCCUGAUCAUUCAGACAAAAAUCAAACAUCAGAAGGACUAUGAGAAGAAAGAUGAAGACAUGAUCUUCAAACUGGGGAAACUGGCUUUUAAGCAGCUUGUGAAAGGCAAUCUGAUCUUCUAUGAUGAAGACCUGAGAGAGUGUGGCAUUGAUGUAGCAGAAGCAUCAGUGUACUCAGGAUUGUGUACUCAGAUCUUCAGAGAGGAGUUUGGUUUGUAUCAGGGGAAAGUUUACUGCUUUGUUCAUCUCAGCAUCCAGGAACAUCUAGCAGCUCUUUAUGCUCACCUUUCCUUCACAAACAAAUACAGAUAUGUGUUCAAACCAGGUCAGUUUUCUAUAACUUUAAAACAGCCUUCAUUUUCUGAGUUACAUUAUCGAGCUGUAGAUGAAUCUUUACAGAGUAAUAAUGGACAUCUGGAUCUUUUUCUGCGUUUUCUUCUGGGUCUUUCACUGGAGUCCAAUCAGAUUCUCUUACAGGAUCUACUGACACAGAUGAGAAGAUGCUCCUACAAGAAAGAGAAAACUGUUGAGUACAUUAAACAGAAGAUGAAUGAGAAUCUGUCUACAGAGAAAUCCAUCAAUCUGAUUCACUGUCUGAAUGAACUGGGUGAUGAUUCACUGCUGCAGGAGAUUCAACAUUAUGUGAGAUCUUCAUCAGUAGGAAAGACCAAACUCUCCUCUUCACAGUGGGCAGCUUUAGUUUUUGUGUUGUUGACGUCUGAGCAGCAUUUGGAUGAACUUGAUCUAAAACCAUUUAUUGGAGAUAAAAAUACAGCAGAUGAAGUUCUUGUGAAACUGCAGCUUGUGAUUAAAGAAACCAAAAAACUAUGGUAAGUAAAACUAACAACAAUCACAUGACUGUUUACAUAUUAAAGCAACACUGUGUAGUUUUCCAUGUAAGAUUGGCUUACGGCUCCCACAUGAGGUUGAAAAGCCCAACAGUGCAAUAGUGUUGCUUUAAUACAAUUAAUUUAAUUAUUUUAUGAUUUUAUUUUGAACUCUUACUUUGGAAGAAUCUUUUCUAACAAAAGUCAUUUUCUUAAUGUUGUACAUAAAUCAGCAGUCAAUCUUAAAAAAGUUCCCAACAUUCUGCCA